AUGCUUGUGGCCGAAAAGGCAAACCUUGUGGUAACAUUUUCGAUUCUAUUUCUGUCAAUGUAUGUUUCACUUGCAGCUAUCGUCGGUCGACAGUUCUUUCAUCCAUAUUCUAACUCCACGUUCAUCACUGAAAGUAGUCUAGACGAAAUGGUGUCGUCCACAUUUUCAAUAUUCUUUUUUUGGAUGCUGUCGGUUAUAGUAGGGCGCCUUGUCACAAGUUUCAAGUUACCUUCUAUAUUCGGUGCAAUGUGUGUUGGAAUGUUCAUAACAAACGUACCUCAACUAGCAAGUCUUAUCUAUCUGAAUGAAUAUUGGCAUUAUAUCAUUAGGAAGCUCUGCCUUGUAGUGAUUAUAAUUCGAUGGGGCCUCGCUAUCAACGGAACCUAUCUUCGAGAGAAUCCC